AAAAGAUAGCACCUACCUACCUAACCCACUGAACACGAAAAUUGAAAAAUAUUACGACAUUCAGUAAUAUUUUCAAUCCGGACGAAGAAAGUUUUUCAACUAUAAAGUAAUACAUUUCCCUAUAACUGCAUAAAAGAAUCGAGCGUCCGUAGAAGCAAAAAUGUUCAUUUUAGGACGCAUGUUUUGCGUAUUUUUGAUCGUAUCCGGUCUAUGCGUAUUCGGUGUAUUCGUUAUAAUAUUCCUUACUUCGAUUUUUGCCAUAACUGAAAUCACGACCACAUACAAUCAAAAUCUUCGGUACAAACCACUCGCAGUCGACAUCAUCACUAGUAAUAUUUCCACAGUCGCCUCAGACCCAUUGAAUUUCAUAGAAGAAGCAAUAGCUCAAACAAUUUUAAUCAAUACAGGACAAUCAGUUCAAACUAGCAUUCAAUCAAACAAUGUUGCCAACAUGACCGGAGGUGUCUUAGGCAACAAUACUUUCAUAUACCAAAGUUUCACGUAUUAUUGGGCCGACAACAGUACAAAUGGAGUAACUGGAACUAAAAUUGAUGGCGUAUGGGCUCCUGUUGAAGUAAGAGUGCUCUUCAUGAACAGUAAAUACAAUACGAUUUCAAAAGCUGUGAAUAAUCCGGAUGGAUUGGCCGAAAUAGUUUUCCUUCUGAAUAUUUGCUCAACUUUCAAUCAGGCAUUCGACCAGCUGAGUCAAUCUAUUCAGAACUUGACCACAGUCUUAUCUUCUACACCGGUAUCUCUCGGUACGCAAUUUUCAGCUGUCGACAUAACAUCGACACCUUUUUCGCAGCCUGCUGUUCCAUACUACUCGUAUCAAGGAUCAUUUGUCGAUACAGUUACGAGUCAGACGCAUAGUUGCUCGACAGUCAUCGUACCUAAACUUGAAGCUCAAAAUUCUUGUAUCACUUCAGACCAGUUCACUGCGACAUUUACACCGGUGAAGAAUGCUUUUGGACAACCAUUCACCAACACGUUAAGCCCGGAUUCUUCGACAAUACAAUUUUCAAUGUAUCCAAGUGGCUUCAUCUCGACGAUAUAUUAUUAUUAGAUAUCGAACUAAGUGACUGUAUAGCUAUACUCAGAAUCGACCAGAAUUUGCACAAAAUCGCAUGAAGCUUUUAUUUUAUCAAAAUGUACAACUAAAUUAAGGUUAUUUUUUUUCAAGUUCACAUGUAUUCUGAAUAAAAUUUAGAUAAAUUUUA